AUGUCAAACAAUGACGAUGAAGAUGACUAUGACGAUGACGAUGACGAUGACGACGACGAUGACAAAGACAAUGACGAUGACGAUGACGAUGACAAAGGCAAUGGCAAUAACUAUGAAAAUGAAGAUGUCGAUCACGAUGACCAUGACGAUGACCAUGACGAUGACAAUGACGAUGACGGUGAAGAUGACUAUGACGAUGACGAUGACGAUGACGAUGACGAUGAAGAUGACUAUGACGAUGACGAUGACGAUGACAAAGACAAUGACGAUGACGAUGACGAUGACAAAUGUAAUGACAUUAACUAUGACUAUGACUAUGACGAUGACGAUGACCAUAACGAUGACGAUGACGAUGACGAUGAUGAAGAUGAAUAUGACGAUGACGAUGACGAUGACGAUGUAAAUGACGAUGACGUUGAAAAAGACGAUGACGAUGAUGAUGACGAUGACAAUGACGAUGACGAUGACACUGAUUAUGACUAUGAAGAUGACUAUAGUGAUGAAGAUGACGAUGACGUGGAAGUUGACGACGAUGUUGUUGAUGACGAUAACGAUGAUAAUGACGAUGACUAUGACUACGACGAUGAUGAUGACGACGACGACGAUGACUAG